UUUGUGCUGUACUUGUGUUGCUGUGUGUCUCAGAUCAUCACAGAGAAUAAUGGAGCAACAAACAAGCUCUGUGGUUCAGCAAAUUCUACUGUCCAGUCAACAGACACAUUUGCACCCAACUCAGGAAAGCCAGGCGGUACAUGGUGGAACAGAAUCGAAGCCACGUCCAAAAUUUGAUCCCGCUGAAGAUGUUGAUGCUUUGGACAAGGCUAUGACUUCAAAGGAUGUCAAAGAAGGAACAAUUAUUGACAUAUUAACAAAAAGAACAAACGAGCAACGACAGGAGAUAAAGGCUGCUUAUCAGAAAAAGAAUGGAAAGCCUCUGGAUGAAGUACUUAAUAAAACUCUUUCUGGCCAACUCAGAGACAUGAUUUUGGCUUUAUUAAGAGCCCUUGUCCAUGAUGAUGCUGAUAUACUAAGAACCGCAAUAAAGGGUAUGGGAACAGAUGAAGAUGCCUUAAUUGAAGUUUGUGUCUCAAGGAGCAAUCAACAGAUAAAGCAAAUUCAUACCGUCUACAAAGAAGAAUAUAAAACUGAACUUGAAAAAGACAUCAUUGCUGAUACAUCUGGAGAUUUUCAGAAGUCCCUACUUGCUCUGUUAAAGGGGGAACGUAGUGAAGAUGUUUAUGUGAACGAGGACUUGGCUGACGAGGAUGCAAAGGCUUUAUACGAAGCAGGAGAGAAGAAUAAAAAAACAGAUCUCCCUGUAUUUAUUAGGAUUCUCACUUCUUGCAGUUUUCCACACUUAAGAAAAGUGUUUGAAAGGUAUGCUACUUACAGCAAACAUGACAUCAACCAGGCCUUAGAUUUACAGCUGAAGGGGGAUAUUGAGAGCUGCUUGGUGGCAAUUGUGAAAUGUGCAACAAAUAUGCCAGGAUUCUUUGCUGAAAAACUGCAUUUGGCAAUGAAGGGCACCGUAACAAACUAUAAAGUACUUACCAGAAUUAUGGUAUCCCGUUCAGAAAAUGACAUGAAACAUAUCAAAGCUCAAUAUAAACAGCUUUAUGGAAAAUCUCUUCGUGAAGCACUCAUGGAGGGAACCAAAGGAGACUGCCAAACAGUUCUGGUUGCUCUAUGUGGAUAUGAUGACCCUGCACCAAUAUAAAAGAAGCUAUUCAGAAUGAUAAUGAUAAUGAUAUAUAUAGAGAACUAAUACUAAUGUAUUAGUCCUAUCAGAACCCUUUACCCUAUGAUCUGCCGAUAUGCAAAGAUGAAUAAUGAGCCCCAUUUAUUAGGACAAUUCAUAACAUGUACAAUAUGGCCAAUGUCCCAAUUGUGGUAGAUGCUUAUAGUAAUUACAUAUAGACUUAUUGGAUAUAUUGCUUGUCACCUGGAGUCUAAUACCUUAUAUUCACUUGUUUAACAUGAUAUUAGGAAUGGCUUAAUAUGUUUUAAUUCUUCCAGUACUCCUGUAACGCUUAUUCUGUCAGCAUCUUAUUUUCUUUUAUUAAACAAAAAUCCUUAGAAGGAAA